CGAACGGAARCUUUCCCCGAGUAAAAAAAGACGUCCUGUUAGCAGUUUCGCUAACAAAGCAGGUAGUAAAAUGUCGGGAGAAGUGUAUCUCCUGUGGCUUUUCUCGCUGCUACAAACGCUGUCAGCGUUUGGAGCUGAUCUGUCGUCUGAGGCGUGCAGGGAGCUGGGCUUCUCCAGCAACCUGCUGUGCAGCUCCUGUGACCUCCUCGGAGAGUUCAGCCUCACCAAGCUGCAGCCAAACUGCCAACAGUGCUGCCAGCAGGAGGCCCAGGUGGAAGCACGCAAGCUCUACGGCGGAGCCAUCCUCGAGGUGUGUGGAUGAAAACUGGGGAGGUUCCCUCAAGUCCAAGCUUUCGUCAGGAGCGAGAAGCCAAAAAUGUUCAAAGGUCUUCAGAUCAAGUACGUUCGAGGCUCUGAUCCGGUUCUAAAGCUUCUGGAUGAUAACGGGAACAUCGCUGAAGAGCUCAGCAUCCUCAAGUGGAACACCGACAGUGUGGAGGAGUUUCUGAGUGAGAAGUUAGACAGAAUAUAACAGGAGGUCCAGAUUUCUUUUAUUUUUUUAUUUAGGUUUUUUUAUUUUUACAGAAAAACUCCACAAGUUCAGUUCCUCCAGAGUCCCCAGAUGGUUUACAUGGUGAAGCUUUUGCUUUGUUUGUUUGUGUAAACAGACCUUUAGUUCCUGUUUGUACGCAGCUUGGCCUCGUUGUGUUGGACUGUUUUCUAUUUGAAAAAUGUUGAUUUGUUUAUUACAGAUUUGACUAUCCGUGUAAAACCCCAAAACCACACGUUCAGAGAUCAUUCUUAUCAAUUUGACCUUUUAAUCAAAGCAGUGGGUUCAUUAGGGUUUCUGCCUUCUAUUCUUGUAUAAUGAAUAUUUUUGUUAAAAAAUGCUCAGCGUUGUGACUGACAGCACUUCUAAUGAGAGUGAAUGAAUCCCGGCUCCUCUUCAGACUCACCCGGCUCUGCUGAAACACACGUUGGUGACGACCUCGCAGUAAACCUCUUGCAGGGAUGUGGGGUUUGAUGGAAAUUUGUGUUUUUCUGCUCCUGAUGCUUUGAAGAGGAAUUGGAUUUGUUUUCAAGAUGAGAUAAAUAUGCAACAAUAAACAAAGUCCCUGAUAAUUCUGA